AUGAAUCAGAAGAUGCCGGACGGAUUUCACGGAGACGACCAAGAGGAUAAUGAAGAAGGUAUUGUGGAUGAUUUCUACACAGAACUUGAGAGAGUUUGUGAUAAAAUACCUAGGCAUGAUAUGAAAGUGGUUUUAGGUGAUUUCAAUGCAAAAAUAGGGAAAGAGGAGCAGAACAACAUGGUAGCAGGAAAGUGUGGUCUGCAUGAAGAAACUAGCUUGAAUGGAGAAAGAGUAUGCAUGUUUGCUGAAGCUCAGAGGCUGAUUGUAAGUAGUACUUGCUUUCCUCACAAAAAGAUUCAUCUGGGGACAUGGAAAAUGCCUGGGAGGGAUAGCUGCAGUCAAAUUGACCAUGUUUUAAGUUCAAAGAGAUGGGCUACUUCUAUAAUGGAUAUAAAAACAUGCAGAGGAGCUAAUUGUGAUAGUGAUCACUAUUUGGUGAGAGGAGUUCUCAGACAUCGUAUAGCGAAUACUGUCAAAGCAAGGAAGACAAGAGUAGAAAAGUGGGACGUGGAAAAAUUAGCGGAUGUAAAUGUGAGGCAACAAUUUCAGGAAGAACUGGGUGAUAGACUAACAGGACUUACGACUGAUUUAUCAAUUGAAGAGCAUUGGAAUUACCUGCGAGAAGCAAUGAAGGGGCACAGCUGA